ACAGAAAAAGAAAAACAAUCAAACUUUUGAAACGCCGUCAAUUCAGUAUCAAAAAGUACAUAAAUAUGGCAUAAUUAAUAUCUUUCGAAUGCAAAUUUACCGUAAACUUUAUAAUUAUUAUCCAUCAAUACUAUGAAAUAAUUUAGGACAUGCGCAAAACAUAUUAAUAUGGCAUAUUCUUCCGAUAUUCACAAGUCUCAUCAAGCAAUUUUAACCCUGGAUAGCAACAUGAAGCUCACAAGCAGUGCGUCUGAACAGAAUGUUUACUUCACUUAUGUGUGCCUAGUAAACGAUAUUAAACCGAGUGAGAACAUGAAGGAAUAUAAUCACAACAAACCAAACUUGCAUCAUAUUGACCAUGAAUUGGAAGAGGCAGAUGAAGAAGACCCACCGAUACAGGUAGAAAGAUCCAAAGCUCUGCAUGAACUUAUUGAGCGACACAAAAAAUCUGAAAAAGAUCUAAUUGUUGUAAAUGACACCAAGGCUUCUGAUUCCUCUGCGCCUAAUCCUCCCACAACUUCAGGUGAAACCCGUGAUCCCACCUUAAGUGAAACUGCCGAAUCAGGUGCUUACGAAAAUCCCAAUAUUUUACAACUGACUAAAAUGAAAUGGUUGACAGAAGAUCGAGAAAAUGCCCCAGAUUCUAGUUCGCCAUCCCUCUCGCCGACUUGUUCAGACACUAGUUCCAACUUCAGCGGAGAAUCUGAAGAAAAUCUUAACAAACGCAUCAGUCUAGGGGACAAAUAUCUGUCAACUAUAAUACAACUGGACAAAGAACAUAACAUGUUUGGUCUAUCUAACAUAACCAUUGUUGGAUCGAGACAAUUGAAAAGAGUAAAAAAAGAUGACGAAAGACCGGUGUUUCACCAAACCGCCAUCGUACAAAUAUGCUGUAAAAAGGGAUGUUGUAAACACAAGAGUAACACUGAUUUACCGGGAUCACUGAAGUGCGGUGGAUGUCGCGGUUGCUGCGUAGGUCCGUGUUCAUCUUGUUUAGGACCAUGCGGACCUCCUUGUCCGGACCCUCCAUGCCAACCAUUGUGCAUAUCCUGUCCUAAAGGAAAAUGCAGCUGUAAAAUGAUAUGCCCACCUGUCAAAUGCAUGAUUGACUGCGCUACGUGCUUCGGUUUCAAAGUUUCCGUCAAUAAAAAACCGAAAUAUGAACCAUCGCCAGUAGAAUUGACACCACGUUCCAGUUGCGUACUUCAAAGGCCUUUAGCAGCUAGAUCGUGUCACCAUUUGCCGCAAUGCAUUCCGCCCUCCUCCUGCUUUCCAUAUCUAAUGCCGUGCUUCUGGCCUGCACGCCCCAGCGCCCCCUGCAGCACCCCGGCUCGAUGUUUCCACAACCCUCCAUGCCCACCAGCAAGAAUACCACGCUCUUGUAUACCUCCAGAAGAAUCUUGUCCUAGGAUUGGGAAAUGUGAAGACCCGUCUAAGAAAACUAAAUGUUCUAAUCUGUCAUGCUUAGGCAACAAUGCGUCGUUCAAAAAAGAAUUCGAAAGUAGAUUUGGUAAACAUUAAAACUUAUAAUGGCUGUGCCGACGAAUAAAUCUAGCUGCGAAUCCUGCUCGUGCAAAGAGGACGAAGUUAUUUCUCCCGUUCAAAAUUUUAUUGGAAAUAAGGAAAAAGAAGAAAAAUUAUUGAUUAAAGCUGACGAAUGUGAAUGCUCUACGCCAGGCUGCAGAGGCUGCUUUGUGAAACGACCAGGGAAUAUUCAAUUGAAGGAUUCUACGUCGCAAUUGUGAAAUUCGCUUGAUAGCUUUAUCCGCUAUUAUGAGGCCGUUACGACUCCUGAUCGUUGAGAUAGCAAGAAAGAUAAUGCAACACCUACCCCACCUUUCGAUACCCACGAUCGAAUCAAACAAGCCAGAAGUGCCGGACCCUGCACUAUUUUGUUACAAUAAAGUAGAUUAACUUA